AUGAGCGCUCCCAAGGUUGCUGAGAACAUGCUCUGGGGUGGUCGAUUCACCCAGGGUCUCGACCCCCUUAUGGUCCAAUAUAACGAGUCUCUCCCCUACGACCGCAUCCUGUGGAAGCAGGACAUUGCCGGCUCGAUUGCCUUUGCCCGGGCCAACACCAAGUCCGGCAUCCUCACCCCCCACGAGUUCUCCGAGAUCGAGCGCGGCUUCAAGCAGAUCGCCGAGGAAUGGAGCACCGACUCCUUCGUCGUCAAGGCGAACGACGAGGACAUCCACACGGCCAACGAGCGCCGCCUGUCCGAGAUCAUCGGCAAGGAGAUCGGCGGCAAGCUGCACACCGGUCGGUCCCGGAACGAGCAGGUCGCAACGGACAUGCGGCUGUGGCUGCGCGACGAGCUCCGCAAGCUGGACACCUUCCUGUGCGACCUGAUCAAGGUCUGCAUUGCCCGGGCCGAGAAUGACAUCGAGUACAUCAUGCCCGGUUACACGCAUCUGCAGAAGGCCCAGCCUGUCCGCUGGAGUCACUGGCUCCUGUCGCACGCCACGGCCUUUGCCAGCGAGCUGCAGCGUCUCCGUGAGGUCACCCGCCGCGUCAACCGCAGCCCUCUGGGUACUGGUGCGUUGGCCGGAAACCCCUUCCAGAUCGACCGCGAACAGAUGGCCAAGGAGCUCGGCUUCGAGGGUCUGCUGUACAACUCGAUGAACGCCGUGGCGGACCGUGACUUCGCCAUGGAGACCAUGCAGUGGGGUAGCUCGUUCAUGCUCAAGAUCUCUCGCUGGGCCGAGGAUCUGAUCAUCUACAGCAGCUUGGAGUUCGGCUACGUCCGCUUGUCGGAUGCCUACUCCACGGGGUCAUCGCUGAUGCCUCAGAAGAAGAACGCGGACAGCCUGGAGCUUCUGCGUGGCAAAUCCGGCCGAGCAUUCGGCCACAUGGCCGGCCUCAUGAUGACCAUCAAGGGCCUGCCCACCACCUACAACAAGGAUCUGCAGGAGAGCAUCGAGCCGCUCCUCGACCACAUCAAGACCGUCAGCGACAGCAUCCAGAUCGCCACCGGCGUGCUCUCCACCAUCACCGUCAUCCCCGAGAAGAUGACCGCCGCCCUGGCGCCCGAGAUGCUGGCCACCGAGAUCGCCGACUACCUGGUCCGCAAGGGCGUACCGUUCCGCGAGGGUCACCACAUCUCCGGCCGCGUCGUCGCCCUCGCCGAGCAGCAGAACGUGCCCAUGGACACGCUCUCCCUGGAGCAGCUGCAGACCGUCGAUGCGCGGUUCGAUGACGCCGUCCGCGCUUGUCUGGACUACGAGCGCGCUGUCGAGCUGAAGGAUGCGGUUGGUGGAACGAGCAAGCGUGCCGUUCUGGAACAGACUUCCGUUCUGAGGGGCUUGCUAUAG